AUGACCCGCGCCACUAACCCCAUCUCGACGGUCGCCGUGCUCCUGCCCCUGCCGGACGCGGCGCUCGCCAAGCUGCGCGGCGCCUUCAAGACAGUGCACUACCACCCCGACUUUACUCUGCCGGCCGCGGUGCGCCCCGAGGUCGAGUACAUCUUCACCAGCUGGGCUGGCCUGCCGUCCGACGUGGCCCUCGCCGACAUCCCCAACGUGCGGCACGUGCAGCUCGGCAUGGCGGGCGCCGACAAGCUGCUCUCGUCCCCUGCCAUCGCGGAGAUCGCCAAGCGCGGCGCUGCGAGCCCGACAGUCAGCACGGCGAGCGGGACGCACGUCGUCAGCAUCCCGCAGUGGGUCGUGGGCAACGUCAUCAACCUGUUCCACCAGAUGCAGAGCAUGAUCUCGUUUGCAAGGACAAACGCCCGCUGGGCAUCCGAGCCAGAGGUCGACAUCGCCAGCCAGCCGUACUUUGCCCGCUCGCUAUACGGCCGCACGGCCGGCAUGCUGGGGUACGGCGCGCUCGGGCGCGAGUCGGCCCGCCUGCUCAAGGCGCACGGCAUGCGCGUGAUUGCCGCCAACACGAGCGGGAAGAGCACGAGCGAGACGGAGUAUGUCAUCCCCGGCACGGGCGACCCGGACGGCAGCAUCCCCUCGGCGUACUUCUCGACCAAGGACGCUUCCGCGUUCGACGAGUUCCUGUCCCAGACCGACGUGCUGGUGUGCAGCAUGCCCAGCACGCCCGCGACGCGGGGGAUGCUGACGGCAGAGAGGCUGGCAAAGCUCCGCCCCGGAGCCCUGCUCAUCAACAUCGGCCGCGGUGACCUCGUGUCGAGCGCCGACAUCCUCGCAGCACUGGACAACGGCACACUCUUCGGCGCCGCGCUCGACGUGACCGACCCGGAGCCGCUGCCGGCCGGGCAUGCGCUGUGGACGCACCCGCGCGCCAUCGUCACCCCGCACCUGAGCGGCAAUGCCGAGGGCGAGUUUGACAUCGCGACGGACAUUGCGCUCGAGAAUGCGCGGCGCGUCGAGCGCGGCGAGCGGCCGUUCAACGUCGUCGACCUGGCCAAGGGAUACUAG